UUCGUUACUUGACGUCAUUGGCAGUCGAGAGUUUCUACCCAGAUGUCAGUGCGUGUUCCGAUCCCGUACAAUGUAUGGACGUCCGCCAUUCUGGUGGCACAGUCUACGAAGCUCUGCUGGCGCAACUCCCCUCACAUAGGAGAUUCUGGCCGGCCCCAUGCAGUUCACUCCUCUUCAGAUAAAAGAGAAACUUCUGAAGGCACUUGAUGAUCAAAAUAAUGUACGUGAUGCAGCGGCAGUGUUGGAGGUCAUCUCCAUACUGGAGCAAUAUCCCAUCACUAGGGAGGCCUUGGAGCAAACAAGAAUUGGAAAGCAUAUUAAUGAACUUAGGAAGAAAACAACAAAUGAACAGUUGGCAAAGAGGGCCAAGAAGCUGGUGCGCAACUGGCAGAAACUCCUUAACCCUGAUCCUGAUGUUAAACAAGCAGUUAAUGGAGAACGGGUAGUUACCCCACCCCAGCAUAGGGGUGUGGCGGCUCUACAGGGGACAGGUCGGCAAGGUGGCAUCUCCUCUCCUGCACUUUCUCACAGGGACUCUAUUGCAGGCAGAAAGUGCAUGUCUCCAGCUCUGGCUGGGGGCAAGCCUCUCACACCACAGAUAGCUAAAGGGAGCCCUCGUGCUUGCAAUUCCCCUGCCCUCAGGGGAGGCAAACCUGCCACCCCAACAUUACAGGCCUCUCGUCUCAGUCCAGGCCUAAAAAGCACUCCCUCCAGUGGUAAGCCAUCCACUCCAUCCCUACAAACUGCUCGCAGUAGCCCUGGACUAAUGGGCAGGACAUCUCAAGCUUUAAGUGGUGGAAGAUCCACUACACCAACCCUCUCCCACCUUACCCUAGGGUCCCGAGCAUCUCCAGUACUUGGCAACAACUCCCGCAGCAACAGCCCAGCACUCAAGCAUGCCUCCAUGGACUCUCCACACUCUUCUAGCCUCAACACCAAGAACACCAACAGUCCAAAAACUCGUUCACCAAAACCAGAACGUUCCUCGGCAUCAUUGGGAGGCCGUCCAGCAACCCCAAGUAGUCGUGCCCAUACUCCUUGUUUAGGUUCUCGCCCUGUAACACCAAGUAAUAACGAGGACUCAAACUCAAGUUGGCCAAACACGCCAUUGUCAGGAGUGCACUAUGAUCAAGAGAAGAAUAAUUCAAAUUCUAAAUUCAAGGGCAAAGGAAAGAGUGAAUCGGACAAGGACAGUUCAGAAGUGUUCGCACGUAAAUCAAAUCAUUCCACUGAGUUUUCAGUUUCGAAUUCUAGUGAUAAAGGCUCAAGAAAGGAUCAAAGUGACAUUUCAAAAACAAAUGUUGCAAAUAGAAAAAGGACACGAACCAAAAGCCCAGAAAGUGUGCCUAAGAAACAGCCAAAAACUGACAAUUCAAGUCUUUCAAAAGAUAAGAGGGAUCCUACAAUAAAUGGGGUUGUAGGCUUUCAUAAACAUCACAAGGGCGAUAAAGUGGACCCUGAUAGAUCAAAUAGUGCUACAUCGUUAACUUAUUCCAGGGGCUGCAGGGAGUUGUCACCUGUUUCCCCAGUUGAUACAACUGAUGCAUCUCGUCAUCAUAUAUCAAAGAAACAUUUAAAUUCAAAAUCUGACUCUGCAAAGGCUUCAAAACCCCCUAAGGUCAAAACCACCGCUGAGUUGAUUGAUGAGCUUCAAAAAAGGACUGGUAGUACCAGCUAUGGUAAUGAUAUCAUGAAUAAACUUAAGAGCAAUCAGAUAGAAAAAGAGGUGGAUGCACCUCGUUCUGUGUUGCCACCUGGUGUGAAACGACCAAAGAAACGUGUCAGUAUGAGUAGUGAGAACCUUGCUCUUCUAGAUGCUCCAUCAUCAAUGUCACUCAGCGAGACAAAGAAUGAGAUGGUUCAUAAGUUCCUCCAAUCCUCAGUCAACCAAUCAUCUGACCAACUCAGUCCAUUUAAAGGUGAUCGUUUGAAUAAGUAUGAAUCUCCAAUGAAUUCCUCGCAUUCAUUUGGAGAAGCCCAUCAUGAUAGCUUGGGUGACUCCAUCAGUGUUAAUGCAGAUCAUCAUGCACGUUUCUCGAACAGCGAGGUUAAAACUGAAAAUGGUAUUGAAGCCAAAAUGGCAGAGAAGCAAUUAAGUGUUGAAGAAAUACUAAGACUGUUGCCUCCCCUUGAUGCAGAGAGCAUUGAUUGGGAGUCUCAUGAAUAUUCAUUAAGUGAAGCCACAGCAGGAAAAGAAUGUGAAGUGGAACGUUUGCACUCCCAGGAGUGGGACAAUGUGAAUGGAUGUUAUGAUGUGGAUGGGGUGUGGCAUGAUUGGUCACAGACUUUGUCUCGUUCAGCAUAUGAUGGUACUCUACUGCACAUCUUGCCCUAUGUCAAUAUAGAUGACUGAUUAUGUAACAGUGCUGCCUUUUUAUAUACCCUCACCUCUCCCGACUUGAAACCCGUUGACUUUGUUGUACUUGUUUGUGUGGAUUGUUGGCCAAAAUCAUGCAUAUCAGUUUAGGGUGACUUUUUGUUCAUCUUCAUCUGUAGGUUCUCUUUUGGGUAUGACCAUGGACAAAAAUAACCUUCCCUAAUGCAUUCCAUGUCUGUUUCAAGGGAGGAUAAUGAUACAUGAUGCGAGUCACAACCAAACAGUAUCUGUUCUGUGCACAGCUGUCUACUUUUCACCAUUUUCUUUUCAAUAAUAUGACACCACUGUUGUAAACUGUUCAAGAAUAUGUUCAUGUUGAUCUGCAAAUGAAAACUCAGGAUUGUCACAGGUACGAAUACAGAUCAAGUCUGAUCCUUUGUUCCCGUGUUAUAGAAGGAAGGUUCACAAGUUAUAUUUAUUUUUUAAUUUUAUGUGAAUAUAGCAAUCUUUGAGAGUAAUUAUAGCCAAAGACAUAAGAAAUUGAAAUCCGUUAUGAUCUUGAACUUACUGACUCUUGCUUUUGACUUGUCCAGUGAUACUAUGAGUUGUCAUGGCACAGAACUUUUGUAACUAAAAAUAAUUUUUACUCCUCAUUGCACAAACAACUUAAGAGCAGGAUAUUUUCAAGUAGCAGCAUUCAAAUUUCAAAUUUGAUUCAGUCUAGUAGUUGUCACUAAAAAUUAGUCUGAAAUAGUUUUGUCGGGGGAAAAAAUAUAACAGGGUGCUUUGGGUGGGGGGGAUUAAUGUGUAUUGAACAAAACAAAAAAGUUAGGGUUUGUGAAUAUUUUGCGGCAUAUUGUGACAUUGUGUGCUCAGUCUUCAACACAGAAGUAAAACCAAAAAUGUUCAUGAUCCCUUAUUUUAUUUUUAUUAGAAUUUUAAGCAAUGUUAUGUUCUUGCAUGUGGAACACAGGUUGAUUUCUGGAGAUGGCAUUGAAACAUAAAUCUAGUAAAAGCAAAUAGGUUACAUGUCAAGUUUUGCAAUUUGCCUUCUGAUUUCUGCAAGGCUUUGUUUUACACACAGUAUAUGUUGUGAUUUCAGCUGGUCAUUUCCCCCGACUGUCUUCUCCAGCUCAGUCAUAUGCCAUAUUUUAUGUCUUUAGUUUUGGUCUAGAUACGGGGAGAAAUCGGGUAAGUCACAAUUUACAAAGUCUACAGAAAGGUAAACUGAUACUAUCAUUUGUCAAAGAGGAAUUUAUUUGUGAUACAAAACAAUAGCUAGAAGUGGUACUAUAACAAUAAUGGGCUUGAAAAUAUACUACUGGGGAAGUGUGCACCAGUUUAUCAGAUGUCUGCAAAGUUUGAGAGUUUUCUAAUCUCGCCAGCAUGCAGCUAUUGGUGCUGAGUAUCGGUUGACAACUGAAAUGUAUUUUUGGGGUCAUAUUUGUUGAAUAUUUUCACUUUCAUUGACAUUACUGCGUACAUUGUGUUGUCAUACUUCCAGUGGCCAAAACAUGAGAUUUCAUCAAGUUAGAUUUCAAGAAUUAUCACCUGUCAGAUGCUCAUCCAAAUUAGUGGUAUGAUAUUGAUCAUGUUGACAAAUCCCUGUUUACACUGUCAACUAAACUUUGUAUGAAUGCAUUCUUCUGGUUCUUUUUUUUCUAUUUUUAAAAGCAGAAUAUCAAAAUGACAGUAAAAUAUGAAGAUCCUUACACAACUUGAAUACACAGAGUACACCUAGGUGUAGUGAUCGUUUACAGUUGGAUCGAGUGGGACUUAUGGGAGAAGUAGAGACUGUAGUCGUAUUCCUUGUGUUUAAUAAGUGGACCUGUAACUGCUGGUUAUGUGAAAACAAAAUACUACUUGUUUAAUAUCUAUGCAACCUGAUCUACGGAACUUGAGGUUUAGAUUGGGGUGCCAGCCAGCCAGCGUGUAACAUGAAUCGUGCAAUGACAACUGUUUCAUACCACAAGUGGAAAAUGUGCAACAUAUUAAUGUUUUCUGAAAAUAUGCAUAUUGAAUUAUUUUGUUUACACUUAGCCACUGCUAGCUUGGCACUUUCUAGUUUCUGAAAAUGUGUUUGCAAAUAAUUCUCUGUGAUUUGUGAGCUGUACAUGUUGACCAGAUUGCAAAGGCAUAUUGUAUGCUGCUGUUUUUUUAAUUUUUUUAAGUGUAAUGACAAAACACGCACCUUUUUAUGUGGGAAUCAUAAAUCAAAAACUUAUUUUGUUAACAAAUUGGCCAUUGCCUUGAAUUAUUGAAGAUAUUUUUGCAGUCUUGGAAUAGCAUGUUGGUAGUUUGUCCUAUGUUCAUAUUUAUUUCUUACUUUCAAACGUUUCUAAUAUAUUUUCAAAAUAUGUAAGUGUAUGUACAUUUACCUAUUUUUGCAUAAUUUAGAUAAUGCUUAACUCAAGCAAUAUUUUACAUGUAAUUAUGUUUGUUUCUUGUCACAAUUUCUACGCACUUCCUGAUUAGAGAAUUGCAGAGUGACCUAAAUUAUGGUAAAAAGGUAGCACUGUGCAUCUAGUCAUGUGACCUGUCGCCGGGCCACGGUGUAAGAGUUGUGCAAGCGGUGAUGAAUGGAAGAGUGAAGUGGUGACGUCCCUUUAACACCUCUUGGUAUUUGGGAGGCAGAAAUGUACUAUUUGAAGACUCAUUCAUAUUUCUAUGAUUGUAACUGUCCUCAUCAUUUCAUCUAUCAGCCUGUGUAUAAUUUGCAUUAAAUUUCUAUAAAAUUCUAUAAAUGUUGAUUAUUUUGUGGAGUGAUGACACAAUUUGUUUUGUUCUUGUGAAAUGCAGGAACAAUAAAGGUAUUAUUACUGAUA